AUGAGGAUCCUGACCCGCCUCCUCAUGGCCUCCCCAGCCUCCAUCGGCUCCAAAUCUAGCCUCAGCGAAGCCCUCGCCCUCCUCCCGCCGCUACCGCUGUACCGCCGCGUGCUCCGCGUGCACCGCAAGAAACUCGACCCCGAGAUGCGCAUUCUCGGGGACUCGUACGUGAAGAGCGAAUUCCGGGCUCAUCGAAGCGUGGACAACCCGUUGCAUAUUAUUGGCUUCUUAACGGAGUGGCAGCUCUAUGCGCAAAAGCUGGAGGGGGAUGCGUGGAUUGGGGAGAAAUUGGAUCAAGGGAAGCUGGACAAGAUGAGUGAUCAGCAAAUUGGUCAGUUGUAUGAGUUGAUGCAGACGAUCAAGAGUAAGGAGUAGUUUUUUUUUCUUUUGCUUGCUGGAUUAUCUUGAGCGAGAUCAGUCGACAUGUCCACAUAGCUUUCACCUG